AUGGAACGAAUCCAGCAAGGCAUCCAGAAACGCACCUUAACCAAGUCACGGAUUCGGAGGAUUACCAGUGACGAUGUGAAGAAAUUUGGAAAGAACAACGUGUUUGUGCUGUUCACUGUGGUGGCUGUUAUUGCCGGUGUCAUACUCGGCUUCUGUCUCAGGAAAUAUCAGAUGAGCUUCCGCCAGGUGAAGUACUUCUCCUUCCCGGGAGAACUGCUGAUGCGCAUAUUACAGAUGAUGGUGAUGCCCCUCAUCAUUUCCAGCUUGGUCACAGGCAUGGCUGCUCUGGACAGCAAAGCCUCUGGGAAGAUGGGAUUGCGAGCAGUGAUCUACUACACCACUACCACUGUCCUGGCCGUGAUAACCGGGAUCAUCAUAGUGUUGAUCAUUCACCCUGGAGGAGGAGGCAAGGACAAGAUGCAUCGGGAGGGCAAGAUCGAAAAAGUGCACUCAGCUGACGCGUUCAUGGACUUAGUCAGGAAUAUGUUUCCCCCAAAUCUGGUAGAGGCUUGCUUCAAACAGCAUAGAACAGUACAGAAAAGGAUACUGACUGUCUACUCUAUCAAUGCCUAUCAUAAUCUUACAGACCUCUAUCAGAUCUCCCCUCAGCCUCUGAACUACAACGUCACCCAGGCCGUGAAACUACUCCUGGAAGCCACAGAAGAGCUGAUCCCUGUCCCAGGAUCCGUCAAUUCUGUCAACGCCCUUGGUCUUGUCGUCUUCUCCAUGAGUUUUGGACUUGUGAUUGGAGCAAUGAAGGAAGAGGGGAGAGCACUUGGAGAAUUCUUCAACUGUCUGAAUGAAGCAAUUAUGCGUUUGGUGGCUGUGAUCACAUGGUACGCUCCAGUGGGGAUCCUGUUCCUGAUUGCGGGGAAGAUUGUGGAGAUGGAGGACAUGAGUAUAGUGGGUGGGCAGCUGGGAAUGUACACAGUGACAGUGAUCGUUGGUCUGCUCAUCCAUGCCCUGGUGGUGCUGCCUGCCCUCUACUUCUGCAUCACACGCAAGAAUCCCUUCGUCUUCAUCGGUGGAUUGAUGCAUGCACUGGUUACUGCUCUUGGAACAUCCUCCAGCUCGGCCACUCUGCCUAUCACAUUUCAGUGUCUGGAGGACAAGAUUGGUCUGGAUAAACGAGUCACCAGGUUUGUGUUGCCAGUGGGAGCCACGAUUAACAUGGAUGGCACUGCUCUUUACGAGGCUCUUGCCGCUAUAUUCAUCGCACAGGUGAACAACUUCGACCUCAACUUUGGGCAAAUCCUCACCAUCAGCAUCACUGCCACAGCUGCAAGUAUCGGAGCUGCUGGAAUCCCCCAGGCAGGCCUGGUUACCAUGGUGAUUGUGCUGACAUCGGUGGGACUUCCUACAGACGACAUCAGUCUUAUCAUUGCAGUAGAUUGGUUCCUGGAUCGACUGAGAACCACAACAAACGUCCUGGGAGACUCACUGGGAGCUGGUAUCGUGGAGCACCUGUCUCGCCGUGAACUGCAGGACAUGGAUGCUGAGGUGGAGGAGCAAGAGAUGAAGAAACCUUACCAACUGAUGGGUCCAGAUCAUGAGAAUGAGAGGGCCAUUGGCAGCGAGACCACCAUGUAG